AUGAUGGAGGAUUCACCUACGGUUUCUGGAAUUGUGGCGGCGAAGAAUAAGCUGAAGCUGGUAGUGGUGGGCGAUAGUUUUUGCGGGAAGACCAGGUGGGUUUGCGGGGAGUGAUUUGGAAUUUUCUCUUGAAAAUCCAGAAAAUUUUCUAGUUUUUUUUUGAUGGAAACAAUAGAUUUGGGGUCCUUAAAGUCCGUUUGAGCUAGAAAAAAAAAUUGAAAAUCGAAAUUUUCAGAAAUUUUUGGGUAAAGUACCCAUUAACAUCGCAAAAUUUAUGCCACGUAAAAUUUAGAAUGGAAAUUUUUUUGAUCUCCCAAAAUUUCAGAACUUUAUUUUGACACGUGGCAAUUUUUUGAGCAUUUAUAUAUUUUUAGAAUUCAAUUUUAGAUCAUUUUUUGUUCUUGCCACGUGGAUUUUCAGGUGGAAUAUCCACGUGGCAUUUUUGAGAGAAAAUUUCAAAAUUCAAAUUGAAAAAUUCAGCUUGAAUAUACCUUGGCACUUUUUUUGUGAUCUACAAAAAUUCAAAACUUUUUGGACUUUUUUGCCACGUGGAUUUUCAGGUGGAAUUUUUUGAUCCACCAAAAAUAUGAAAAUUUUUUCAAUUUUCCCAGUUUUGCCACGUGUCAUUUUCACGUUAAAAUUCAAAAACACAUUUUUGUAAUCUACAAAUUUUCAGAUUUUUUGCCACGUGAAUUUCUAGCUAGAAUUAUUUUAUCUACAAUGUUUUGCCACGUUUUCAUAUGUACAUCUAACAGAUGUUUGUACUUUUAUGAUCGACACAAUUUUUUCGGGACUUUUUUCAUCACAAAAAAUUUCCUCGCCAUAAAAAAACCAAAUCAAUGAAUCACAUGUUUGUUCGCUUUCCCUCUCAGCAAUUUUAAUUAAAUUAAUAAAAUUUCAGCCUAUUAUUCGCCUACACCAAAAAACAAUUUCUGGACAAUUAUAAUACAACAGUUUUCGACAAUUGGUCGGUGACUGUGGACAUCGAUCAGAGAUCGUAUGAUGUGAAUUUGUUCGACACAGCUGGACAGGUAAGGCGCAUUUUAUAUGCGACAAUUUCAUCUACGUUCAAAAAGUGCCAGAUGGCCGAGUGGCUAAAGCUUUUGCUCACUAAUCUCAACACCCGGGUUCGAUGCCACCCCGGAACUUUUAAAUUUUUUUUCAAUCUUUGCAAAUCACAAUCCGAUUUCAAAAGAACACGGUUGUUGAGUGAGAGUUGAGUGGGUAGAUAAAUACAUCUGUUUACUAUAUUUAUAUACAUAUUUGUGUUGAACCGGUGAGAAGACACUGGGAGUAUCGUGACAUAUUUUUGAAGGGGUUUUGGAAGUGAUUUUUGAUCGAAAUUCUGAGGGAAAGGGGGGGGGGGAAUAAUUGAGUUAUGACGUGGCAAUUUUCAGAAUUUAAGAUAGAACUUAAACUUGAAAAUUCGGAAUCCCGAAAAUUCCAAAUUUUUCAGAUAAAAUUAAAUGAGAUUCUGAAAAUUCCUAAAUUUGAAUUUUCAGAUUUUCAGCCUCCUUGAAAAUGUUUUGAAAAAUUUCCUGAAUUCAAAGUUCAAAAUUCAAAAAAAUCCUACAAACUUCAUAAUUCUUGUUUGUUUUCAAUUAUUUUUUAUUUUCCAUUCCGCACUAUUUAUUUACACACACAUAGUAUAUUUCAGGAAGACUACGAACAUAUUCGAUGUUUGAGCUAUCCGCACACAAAUGUAUUUAUUAUUUGCUUCAGUUUGAUUGAUCGAAAAAGUUUGGUUAGUGAAUGAGAAAAGCGGGGAUUUUUAGGGGAGGCAAAAGAUUUCGAGAGUUGUGACAACUUCUAGCCUAGUCCAGAAAUUCUCUAGUAGUCCAGCCUAGAGAAAAAAACAAAGUGCCUAAGAGCCGCGCCUAGAGACCUCUUCUGACAAGUAGCCGUUCCUUGAGAGCCAUUGUGUCUAGGUACCGCGCCUUAAAAGCCUUUAUGUCAAGCAACCAAGCCUAUGAAGUCUGGUGUUCCAGGUGCUGAGCCUAGAGAACCUAUAUGUCUAGGAGUCGCGCCUAGAGAUCCACUCUGACAAGUAGCCGUGCCUUGAGAGCUAUUGUGUCUAGGUACCGCGCCUUGAGAGCUUCUAUAAUGUCAAGUAGCCAAACCUACAAAGCCUAGUUUUCAAGUAGCUGAGUCUAGAAAACCUAAAUGUCUAGGAGCAGCGUCUGAGAUCUCCUAUGACAAGUAGUCCUGCUUUGCAAUCCACUGUGGCUCGGUACAGUGCUUUGAGAGCUUCUAUGAAUGUCAAGUAACCAAGCCUACAAAGUCUAGCUAUCUAAAUGUCUAGGAACCGCCUCUAGAGAUCCACUCUGACAAGUAGUCGUUCUUUGAGAGCGACCAUGACUAGGUACCGCGCCUUCAGAGCUUCUCUAUCAAGUAGCCAAGCCUAGUCUCAUUUCAAUUUUCCAGGAAUCGUGCCGAAGCACAUGGAUGCCAGAAAUUCGAAAAUACGCGGGUGAAAAUGUGCCCGUUCUAUUAGUCGGCACAAAAUCGGAUCUAAUGGAAGACUAUUCAUCAAAUCCGAAACAUGAAAUUGUAACCGAAGAUCAGGCGAGGAAAAUGGCAAAUGAGGUACGGUACAUUUUGAAAAAUUUUGAAAAAUUGGGGAAUUUUACGGGUUUGUGACAUCAAAAAUCAACAUUUUUGACCAAAAUUUGACCAUUUCACUGAAAAACAUUGUUGUUUUUCUAGAAAAAUUGUGAGGAAAACCAGUUUUCACAACAUUUUCCGAUAAAACUGAUCUUUGUUGUAGUACUUUGGUGUUAACAUUAUUUUUUUUCAAUAAAUAGCAUAAGCUUACUGUAGAUAGGAUUAGAGGAUUUAAAUUUUUUUGUUGAAAUAAUUUUUUUAAAUCCGUUUUUGAUUUGUUGAAAAAAAUGGGAGUAGAAGUUAUUUUUGGAUAAUCAGAGCAUUUUCAGAAAUUUUGAGAAAUUGAGUUUCAGCAAAAUUUUUUCAGCCUAGAAUUCUAGAACAUCUGGAGCUUUUUUUUUAAAUUCGAAUUUUUAAGAUUUUUUUCUGAAAAUUUUAAAGAGUAUGAAAUUCUUCAUAGUUUUCAGUUCUGAAUUUUUUGCUGAAAAUAAUUUUUUUUUCAAAUUUCUAAAUUUCUCAAAAAAUUCCCAGACUCCAAAACCAGAAAAUUCCAAAAAACAACAAAAAAUCAAGUAGGUCUUAAAAAUUCUUGAGAAAAAUCUCAAGAACCCCCAUGUUUUUCCGGGUUUUUUUCCUUUUCUAGUCAAAAAAUUAUUUUAUUCAUGAUGUCAAAAAAUAAUUUUCUAGAAAAAAGUGAACUUGGGAAAAUGUAGCCACAUUUUUUCCGAGCAAAAAGUUAGCCUAACUCCAGUCAAAAAUUCGAUUUUUACAGAUCGGUUGUAUAAAAUAUCUGGGCUGCAGUUCGCUGACGCACAAAGGUCUCAAACAGGUUUUCGACGAGAGUUUUUUGGUGGGAGUUGGUGUGAAAAUCGACACCAAUGAACCCGAACCGUGUUGCUUGAUUUUAUAA